AAGUAAAGGAUUACGAGCCGGCGUACGGCUCGAAAGUGCGAGAGCACCCCUGUGUGGAGAGCAUGAAGGAUAAUGUGCUGAGAGACAGAGGGAGGCCUGAGAUCCCCGACAGCUGGCUCAGGCACCAGGGCAUGGCAGUGAUGUGCGCCACCAUUAAGGAAUGCUGGGACCACGAUCCCGAGGCCCGCCUCACUGCACACUGCAUUGCCGAACGCAUCUCUGAGCUGGAAGACGAGAUGGGCAAGCUGUCCAGCCGGAGCUCCUCGGCGGAGAAGAUUGUAGAGGAACUAAAGAUCCCAGUAGAGGUGGAGAUCCCAGAGGAGGAAGUGAAAAUUACAGAAAUACAAAACAUCAUAGCUGUGGACUGCUCCAUUAGCGACAAGAAGUGAGAAAAAUGCCACUUCCUGGGAUGGGACUGAGGACUAAACUCUGAAUAGUGUCCUGGAGCUCAGCUCUUGUAGGACUUUAAGCCAAGCCGAGUGUGAGUCGCAGCGUCAUCUGCCAUUGUAGCCCAGCAAAGAUCAACUUUUGGAUGCUUUUGGUCUUCGCCACAUUUAAGAUGUGGCUCGACAUAAUCAGCUGAUAGCUACAGAACCAAAAAAGAUAACUGGAAGCUUCUCGAGAUACGCUGAGCGUGGCGAGUCUGACGGGCUUCUCUUCAAGGUCUCUCCACGAGAAACAAACUGGGCAAUACAUCCUAUACCAAAGAUAUUCAGUGUGCACUUUACCACCUACUACUUAUUACAGAUGUUUUUAUGUACUCUAACGUGCCUUUUGCCUGAAAGUGCCUUUGUCUGUUCAACUUUGAGCCAAACUGUCAGCAGCGCCUUAACACUAAUGAUGCUACAGAUUCCAUCCUCACCAGCAGGAAAUUAAAGGAAUAUAUGUCUGUGGGUGUGUGAAUGUAUGUGUGUGUUCUCUUUUUCUUUCUACCAAGCUAUGCCUUAACUUUGUUUUCCAGAUAAGCAAGCACGUUGUACACAGAGACAUAAACUGUAAUACAGAUGACAAAUCAAAGCUAAAAGGGAAAGUCUUCCUUCUACAGCGCUUAUGCAGAGAUCAAAAGACUAUAUAAAGAUGUAUUUUUUACAACUGUGUAUGUUUUCUGUCUGUAUCACCAGGAAACUGAGUGUGCCAAAGAUCGUUUAUCCCGCUUUUCAAUAGAAUAUGUACCAUAUGUAAGAUAUUGUAAAUCUUUUAAGAAUUAAAUAUAUCUGUAUGCUGAUUCUGUUGACACUGAUUUUUUUUUUUUUUUUCAAAACAGUUAAUUGAAACUGUGUCAUGUUUCCUUUUUAUGACUGUUUUGUUCACAUCUAACAUCACUUCUAACUCCAACUGUAUCAUUAGUUUAUGAGACUUCUACAUCAUCAGUGUCAUUUCUCUGGCCAUAACACACUUAUAUGUUUUUGUUUGCUUAAGAUCAAAAGCUGUAAGCAAUAAACUACACAAAACAUG